GAAGCCUAUUACACUAGAUUCUAUUGCUGGAGCUACAGUGAAUUUUCACAUAUCGUUCUUCAACACCGUUGAAAUCGCUCCUCUUGGUACUGCAUUUUUCGAGAUUGUAUUUCUUCCUCGUGAGGAAGGCCGGACAAGCGUUGCCAUUAACAUACGCACUUCCGUUGGAAUCUUCAUAUAUGAACUUUCUGGUCGCUCUUCCUCGAAUCCUUAUCGUAUUGCACCAUUCGUUGGUACUCGUUUGCCGUUCAACGGCACAAUUUCUAAAGAUAUUGUCCUUCACAAUCCAUUCACUAGUACUUUCAGAAUUACGGAGGUAGUAUCGUCUGGUGGUAAUGUGCAUGUCGAGAUGGCCUAUGAUAUAGACGGGAAAGUAGCAGGAGAACCACUUCAAUAUUGGGAUAUUCGUCCAUUUCAAACUAAAACAGUCUGUCGCGCCGUCAUUGUCGGUCACACCUUGGAGAAUACUACCGCUUUCGUUCGAUUCACAGGAUUACUUCUGGAUCAUGAUGGCAAUGACGGCGUGCAACACUCAAUUGUGCUUCCGAUUCCGAUAGAAAUAAAUAAACGGCGAGGUGUUUUUACAACUAAGGACAUACUGGAUUUUGGUCUUUUAAGGCAGGGUGAAAGGUCACAGCCUCAGAUGUUUUCGGUCUAUCAAUACCUGCUGAAUGGAAAAUUAGAAUUCGAGACACUGUACGUAGAUAAAGGAGAUCCCACAGGCAUUUAUAUGGAAUUCGCUUCUACUCCACCGAUUGCGGUAUUACCAGGAAAAAAUUCAUUACCAGGUAAACCGUCAGAUCUUGUGAAAGUGUUCUUCGACGCAUCCCGCAUAACAUUCGAAUCGCAACUACCUAGUGCUCGAACGUUUCAUGGGCGAAUAAUUGCCCUAAGUCGUGGUGGAAACUAUAACGUCACAAUGCCAUUCCGUGUCACCGUUUAUCAAGGAGAUAUCGUUUCGGUCGGUAAUGACCUUGCCUUGCAAGAAGAUUACUCAAAGCUCGCGUGGCGGAUAAGCGUAGUGAUUCGUUUGCAAAAUGCUCUACCGUUUGUCCCGUUGGAUCAUCUGAAUAUAAUCAAUUUCACCGGAUGCGAGCCAGUUCGCCUAUUCAACAAAACAGUCGUGAUUGGAGUGAAUGAGGAACAGCCGGUGUUUCUCCUCAAGUACAAUAAAAAGGUUCCCGAUACAUUUGGGCAAACUGUUCUAUAUGUGCACACAAAUAUUUCGACCUAUAGAAUACAGUUGUGGAAGUAUUCCGGUAGAAUUCAAGUUGAGCUGUUCUCUGUCGAUCAGGAAUCCUUCGAUUUCGGACUGCUGGAAAGGAACGACACCCGAACUAUUAGAUUCGUCAUACGUAACAAGAACCAUGCUGUGAUGACAGUUCGAGGUCUUUCCGUUCCUCGUCCCUCGAUACACAGGCCUCGACUUGUCUCAAUACCUUGGCAAAAAUACGGGGGACAUGGGUAA